AGAUUGCCCGCCACCUCGCUCGCGCCCCACCAGCUUCACAUCCGUUCGACGCGCACCCGACCUCUCAACCCUCUAUCCCUACCCCCCGACCCCCAACCCAAGAACCCCAACAACAGCAGCCACGCAAGUAAGGCAAGAACACAAUCCGCGCCGCCCAACUUGCUACAACUUGUCGCCAAUAGGCGGAAUCCCGCACUUGAGGACGACAAGUACAGAUUUUGGCAGGAGAGCUUUGCUUGGACGAUGAUUGAACCUGUGACGAUGAUCGUGGACACGCCCGCGUGGGGAGUCACGGCCGGUGUAAUGAACCCGUCGGGGACCCACGAGCACGAGCAGGAGCAGCAGCGGCAUCGCAGGUGCUGGCUGCAAGCCGCUGCUAGGCACGCCAACGUCACUGCGAAGAUCACGAACGGUCUCGUGGCACGUCCGAUGACAACAAAUAUCCACGAGGACUGGAGCAGCAGGGGCCUCCCUUCGUGCCUCUUCACGUUGCUGCCUCACAGGGCAUGACUGACGCGGGAAGGGUUGUUCUGGAGAGAGUACGCAAUCAUCAGUCGAGCCAACUGAACGACGUAGUCAACAUGCCCGACGCUACGCUUGGAUGCACCCCGCUGCACUGGGCGGCGAUGAUGAACCGGGUCGAUUUCAUGCUCUUGCUGCUUGAUCACGGGGCCGACGUCGAUAGCCGGGACUUCGCGGGCCGUACGCCAUUGUUUUCUUGCGCUGCCUUCGGUGGGGUCGAAGCCGCCGCCCUCCUGCUAGAAAGGAACGCUGACAAAAAUGCGAAAGAUUCCAGAGGCCUUACCCCGCUCCAUGCCGCUGCUGCCGGGGGACACCUAGAAGUGGCCGACGAGCUCAUCUCUGCCGGGGCAGAUGUCCGAAGGCAAGCAUUCGUUGGAUCCAUGCCAAGGCACGUGGCCGAAAGGGAGGGUCAUGCGUCCAUGGUGGAACUCCUUGCCAACGCUGCUCGGUCUUUGGAAGGAGAUGUUGAUCCUUCCGAUGCGCAUGGUGGCGGGUCUGCGAAGUGGUUGAUCCCCGAACUCCGGGCUUCGAUCGGAGGGUGCCCAUCGAGCUCGCCCUCAGUGCAAUAGCAGCAGCAGCAGCUGUCAGCGGCAUGACGUGCCUGCAUCUGAUCAUGAUUGUUUUCUUCUAUCCAACCCCCAGGGAUAGGUGGUCGUGAUUUUCCCCACACACUGAAAGGUUGGGUUGGUACCACUUGGAUUUUCCAUCGUGGAGGCUCUGGAGUGUGUUGGCCCACCUGUCGAGGCGCAGGCCAUGAAGUUGAACGAGGCCUAAGACACACGUAUGUCUUGAGGAUCCGGGACGAUCUUCAAGAUCAACACCGAUUCGCCAGAGACGGUCAAGGUUUUUCGUGUGGCUCAUGUGCUCUCUCCGAGAACGGGACUGAAGACCGCCGCCGGCCCCACAGGGAUUGAACAGAGCGUAAGUGUAGCGGGGAAAAUUGGUGCUGGACAGGAAACUGUUUUUUGGGGUUGAUUGCGGUGUUGCUGUGGAAAAGAAUUCCGGUGGCAACCUUAUGCCUCCCCCUCGUCGCGGGAUUGCUAUCUAGAGGUCAAUUUUUAUCAAAGUGAAUCCGCCCCCCGUUGCUGCUUGCUUGAGGAGAGGACCUGGUGUGCAUAGAACAGGGUUGUUUGUGUUGAUUAUGGCGGUUGAAGCCGGGUUAGUCUCUUACGAACGAGGGCAUUCUAUCGGGUGGGAUUGGUUCGAGUAUGUUUCGCACGGGCUGGAGAGGGCCGGGUUUGGUCUUGCCAGGUGUGGUUCCUUACGGAACAGAAGCAGAGGUUGUCUUGUAUUAUACAUAUAUAUGGGGUCGAACUCGGUAUUACCGAUACGAAACGGUAAUUGAUACCGUGAGGAUUGUACAUAUAAACGAUCGGUGUCAACGAAGGUAGUUGUUGGGAUUUGUGCUCGGCUGCGGUCAAAUUCUCGCGCGUCGGGUACACUGCAGUAGAUCCAUCGCGAGGACCGGUCGGUCUGGUUUGCCGCGUGUGUGUGUACAGUUGGCGCCCGCAGUUAAGAA